AAUUUGAAUGAGCUGCUUUCAGUUUGCAUUGCACACUCAGCUUGAAUUGCAAUAAAUGCGAUAAGACGCACUGGAAAUAUGAAUGCGCCGGGGAAACUUAUUUCAUUCAUAGUGUGGGCAAUUGUGAAUGGUAAUUGUGCAUUUAGUGCCGAAGCGAAUUGCGGCAGGCUGGAGGAACGUUUGCUCUUCAGAAAAGAUAUAUCCACGGAGCCAACCGAGUACCCAUGGAUAGGCUUACUCGUCCAGCGCAGAGACUUAUAUCAGAAAUUCGAGAGCGCCGAGUGCAAUGUUGCUAUAGUCGGCGAAUCUCAUGUCCUCACAACUGCAUCUUGUGUGCGAAGGCUUAAUAAUCGGCCAGAGUUGGUAGCCGUACGUUUGGGCAUUUGGGAUGUGGAGAACGAGCCCGGCCAGCAGUAUAUCUGCAAUGAUAGAGGAUUUUGUGUUCCCGGACCUGUGCAAUACCUAGUUGAUGCGAUUACGAUGCAUCCGCUUGCGGACAGGGACACCGGCAACAACGAUAUUGCAAUUUUACGGCUAUCGCAGCGCAUCAAUAUGACUGCGUACAUUCAACCGGUGUGCUUGCAGCCAACCUUGGAGCCCGCUUCGUGGACGUCUAUGGAUUUACAUUACGGUGGCUUUCACGAGUAUGACAUCAAAAAGGGCAAGGGUAGUGUCAUUGCCAUCUCAAGGCAAUGCUGCAACAAUCAAACGGGGACCCCGCCACCAGAGAAUCAAUUUUGUGGGUUUCCGUAUUUUGGAGCCGCCUUCUUCAAGGGCGCUCCAAUGAUGGGAAUUAAUGUUGAGGACGAUGUGCCGAGCAGCUUUUACUUGGGCGGCCUACUGGCUAAGAAUGUGGACGCGGGACAGGCGCUUAUGAUCGUUUUCCAAGAUAUCAGACCUGUACGUCACUGGAUAUUAGAUAAUAUAAACUCAUCAAGCUCAUAGUACAAUAAAAGUUUCCCUUAUGCAGAAAAUAAA